CGACAACCCACGUUUCGCUGAUAAUCUUUAUUGUAAGAAGCAGGAUGCGAAUAGUUACAACAUCGGGAAAUUGUCACCGCGGAAGCACUACAGAUGGUAGUGGGCAUCGCAGAACUACUGCAAGGUGAAUCGAAAGGUAGCACUUUCAUGCGUCAUCUUCAGUGUCAAUGGUGAAUCAGUGAAAACCGGGUCAGCGCAUGAGCAAGGUAGUUUGGUGGUUAUUUUGUAAAAUAUAAGACGAGAGUUGGUGGAAAUAGUCAUUCGGUUGAGAGCUGUUAGGUUGUAGCCGUGAGAGAGCAACCUGAGAGGCUGAGGACGAAAUGGACUCGACGUUAGAGAAUCGACCGCCCGAACAGGCGGAAGGAUCGAGCUGGAGGGCCUUCUAGGCGAUGGAACAGGCUGACACACCACGAACUCGAAUCAAGCAAGUGCUGGAUAGCUUCAAUGAAUAUUUGUUUCAGGAGCACGAUGACGAAGCUCUCUUCUGUACCUUAGAUGACAUUGCGACGACCAACAGCUUCGGAAAAGGCUCGGAAUUCGGGUGCAGCGAGGGGCUCUCGCCAUCAUCCUCUUUGAACUUUAGCAGUUGCAUGAAUUUUUCGAGUCCGAGUGAGUCUAGUGACGGCAGCGCAAGUAAGGAUGACUUUGCAUCCUGCCAAUACUCAAGCAGAAGCACAGCCGAAUUGGCAGACGAGGCGCAGCCAGAGGUCAGAGGAUCUGUAGAAUCCGAGGGCAAUGCGUGUCGUAUAGAGAAUGUUUCAUGGAGAAUCAAGGAUUGCGAAGCCAGCUCCUUGGCUGCAAACAGCGACGAAUGUGACAGCGACCUCCGCCAAGACGCGCCUGUCCUGGGCGGCAGAGAUACUCCUAUGAACGAAGAAACGGUCCGCGAGGGUGAGAGUUGUGAACAAAGAGCAGUUAGUUCUGUUUUUAGAGAAGAUACGGAGGCCGCUCUGUUGGAAGUCUGGGAGGAUGUUUGUGAUGUUGGUUUUUCAAGCAUUCAAACUAUUGGGUCGCUGGAGGCGUCCACCUCGCAAAUGCAGCAGUCUCCUAAAGUCUGGCGGGCGCCUCAUUUCAGAGGUGUGAGGCAACGGCCACGAGGAAAGUUUGCGGCUGAAAUUCGAGACCCCGCAAAGCAAGGAGCGCGCUUAUGGCUGGGCACAUUCGACACAGCAGAGGAAGCAGCUAUUGCUUACGACCGUGCCGCAGUCAGAAUGAGAGGAUCUCGCGCUCUCCUCAACUUCCCUCUCAGAGCAGCCACGGCUCUGUCCAAUCCUGAAUCGUUUCCUCCGGCCCCCAGGACUUCUAUUACCAGUCGAGGCUCAAGGUUUAGGUCCACCCCUCCCGCUGCAAUCCUAUCUCCUGAAAAGUCUCCAUCAUCAUCGCCGCACAACAGAGACCAGGGACAACAGCCUCCUCCCCAGCAGCUAGGUUCCAUCCUGGGGCUCCGGCAAUUCAUGCACACUACCAAAGUGGACACUCGAAGCUACAUUGCAAAGCAGAUCCAAAUAUCCUCCAAGAGGUCCCGGGAGUGUCAGAUAAUCACAGAACCUCGCCACCGAUCGAAACUACUGCGAGUCAGUGACUUCGGCGUCUAGGACAUGGGUUCCGACCUGACGAGCUCGCUGCUCCACUCAGCAAGAGCCACAGAUAUUUCAACUUUUGUGUGAUAGAUUUGCGCCACGCAUACUUCAAAAGACAACAGCCAUGUAGAUACCAGUAGACGAUCUAGACCAACUCUUCGUGUUGUAGAACCCCAAAAAACUCAAAUUGGUGUAGUCGUGAAGACAGAAACUGGUUCAGUAUCCAUCCCUGUGCUCUAGACGAAGUGAUGCGUUGUCAUUGCAGUUGUUUAGCAUAUUACUCAGAAUGCUUUCAGAACAUGAGAUCAUUCUUAGGGUUGCUAUGUAUCAUGGGUCUUAGUCUUAUCUAGGUCCUCUACAGACUAUUCACGCCUCGAAAGAGAAGAAAUCAAAAAAUUCAAAACGCUACAUUGUUCACCAUCAUUCCGUGCAAUUACUGUUA